UUAAAACAAAUUUGUGCAUUUAUCUAGUGUUUUGGGCUCAGAAAGCCCUAGGGUUAGAAUCGUAAUUACCCUAUUGUUGAAAAAUUGGAUGGAGAAUUACGGAGGCGAUAUGCGCGCCGAUCACGCUGCGACGACGUCGUCUUUUCCCACCGACGGCGGCCAUCACCAGCACGAUGAUCGCCAGGAUCACCGCCACCACCAAAAUUUCGACGGCGAGCAGAAUGAGCCCCCUGGUUACCAGUUCAACAGCAAUUCCAAUAAUUCGUUGCAUCUAUCUGGGCAAAAGAGACAACAUCCUCAAUCUAAUGGUGGUGAAUAUGGCGGUUUUGUGAAGCUGUACGUAGUUGGAAUUCCAAGAGCAGCUACUGAACAAGAUGUUAGCGCUGUUUUCGGCGAGUAUGGACAUAUUGUUGAUAUUAUUCUAGUCAAGGAUAAAAGGACUGGUUUGCAACAGGAGUACUGCUUUGUGAAGUACGCAGCACUAGAUCAAGCUGAGCGAGCUAUUGUUGCAUUUAACAGUCACUACACUUUCCCUGGGGCAAUGAUUCCUAUGAAAGUCAAAUAUGCGGGAGGGGAACGUGAACGCCUUGGGCUCUCUAGUGUACCGGUACACAAGUUGUAUGUUGGUUGCGUGAGCAGACAAGCUUUGAAAAGGGAAAUUGAAGAAAUAUUUACCCCCUUUGGUGUUGUGGAGGAGGUUUUUAUCGUCCGGGAUGAAUUCAAGCAAAAUCGUGGAUGUGCAUUUGUCCAGUUCUCUUGUAGAGAUAUGGCAAUUGCUGCAAUUAAUGCUUUACAUGGAACAUAUAUGAUGAAAGGAUGCGAUCAACCGUUGAUAGUUCGGUUUGCUGAUCCCAAGAAGCCAAGAGUAGGGGAUUCAAGGCCUGCUCCACAUUUCAACGAUCCAUCUAAUGGACAUAUGAUGCCUAACGAAAUGCAUCAAAUGAAGUCUUCACAUCCAGGAUGCAAGACGGGGAUAAUGACAAGCAAUGGUACUUCACCUGCUUCUCAUGCAUUUAAUUCUAUUGCUGAAAUCGAAAACUUCGCAGAAUGUGACUGGAGCGAGCAUGUAUCUCCUGAUGGAGUGCUGUACUAUUACAACUGUGUUACAUGCGAAAGCAGAUGGGAGAUUCCCGAAGAGUACGCACUUUAUGAACAAGAACUUGAUGAUCUGGAAGAACAGCAGCAGAAUUCAAUAACUCAGACCCCUUCUUCACCAGAUGUCUCUGAAGCAUAAAAGGUAUAUAUAGCUCAAAAGCCUAACAGCCUCACUAACAAGAGGUGCAGUUGGAACCACCACCUGCCCUCCGAAUAUACACAAAAUGCAGUGUAACUGGAAAUGGUGAAUGUAAGAGAUCUGCACACCCUAACUUUGGAGGUUUCUUUGCUACUUGACAAGCUCAACAAAGCUAGGCAUGCUGUAUGUACAAUGGCUGCAUUUUAUAUCUUCUAUUUAACAUGUCUCCUCCUAGUUCUUACCUUACAAACUUAGAAUUAUUUAUGGAAUUAUAUCGUACGAAUGACCCCAUUAUAACACAACAGCUACCUUUUCGUAAUUGUUUUUGUCUGUGCUGUAAAAAAACAAACAACUGUUGAGUGAUUUUAGACGUAGUUCUUGGUCAUGA